AUGAUAUCUACAGUCAUUACUCACAUUAUUAACCCCUUAACCUUUAUCGUGCCCGUCCUCCUGGCUGUCGCUUUUCUUACCCUUCUAGAGCGAAAAGUACUUGGCUACAUGCAGUUGCGAAAAGGCCCCAAUAUUGUAGGCCCCUACGGACUCCUACAACCCAUCGCAGACGGCCUUAAACUCUUCAUUAAAGAGCCCGUUCGUCCCUCUACCGCUUCCCCGAUCUUAUUCCUAUUAACCCCUAUACUAGCCCUCACCUUAGCCCUUACCCUUUGAGCCCCCAUGCCCCUCCCCUACCCUAUAAUUGACCUGAAUCUAGGCAUCUUAUUUAUUCUUGCUUUAUCUAGCCUGGCAGUAUACUCUAUUCUAGGCUCAGGGUGGGCUUCUAAUUCAAAAUACGCUCUUAUCGGAGCCCUUCGAGCGGUUGCUCAGACUAUUUCAUACGAGGUCAGCCUAGGCCUAAUUCUCCUAAAUAUUAUUAUCUUCACGGGAGGCUUUACCCUGCAAACCUUUAACAUUGCGCAAGAGAGCAUUUGACUAAUUAUACCUGCCUGACCAUUAGCAGCCAUAUGAUACAUCUCCACCUUAGCUGAAACCAACCGGGCACCCUUUGACCUUACCGAGGGAGAAUCCGAGCUUGUCUCAGGGUUUAACGUAGAAUAUGCAGGAGGACCAUUCGCACUCUUUUUCCUCGCAGAAUAUGCCAACAUCCUACUUAUAAAUACCCUAUCCGCCACACUCUUCUUAGGCGCCUCACAUAUCCCCUCCAUCCCAGAAUUAACCGCUAUUAACCUGAUGACCAAAGCAGCCCUUCUAUCAGUCAUGUUCCUCUGAGUGCGAGCCUCCUACCCCCGAUUCCGAUACGACCAACUCAUACAUCUAAUCUGAAAAAACUUUCUUCCACUUACACUAGCCCUGGUUAUUUGGCAUCUCGCUCUCCCCAUCGCUUUUGCUGGUCUACCUCCACAAGUAUAG